AGGUAAUGGGUCUAUUCAAAAAGAAGAAGGAUGAUUCAUCAUCGGAAGGAUCAUCAGAGAAAAAAGAAGAAGCUCCACCGCCGCCAAAAAUCUCAAUUUUUCAACUAUACCGGUACACAAGCACAGUAGAUCGGUUAAUGUUGGCAGUAGGAAUCAUUGUAUCAUGUGCCACCGGUGUAGGACUCCCUUUGAUGUCUAUUAUUAUGGGUAACGUGUCACAAAACUUCGUCACCCUUGGUACCAUUUUCCUGGAUCCUAACUCAACUGCGUCAGAAAAAGCUGCGGCAAGAGCCGAGUUUUCUCAUGAAGUUAUUCAAAAUUGUUUGAAAUACGUUUACCUUGGAUGUGGAAUUUUUGCUGCUGGUUUUCUACAGGCUUCAUGCUUCAUGGUAAUCUGUGAGAAACUGUCAAAUAGAUUCCGGCGGCAGUUCUUCCAUUCUGUGAUGCGUCAGGAGAUUGCCUGGUACGACAAGAAUACGUCUGGAACUUUGUCGAAUAAGCUUUUUGACAAUCUUGAACGUGUCCGCGAAGGUACCGGAGACAAAGUCGGUCUGGCCUUCCAGAUGAUGGCUCAGUUCAUCGGUGGAUUUGCCGUGGCUUUUACCUACGACUGGCUUCUAACCCUAAUUAUGAUGUCACUUUCUCCAUUUAUGAUGAUUUGCGGCUUGUUCCUUGCCAAACUUCUCGCCACCGCAGCUACCAAAGAGGCUAAGCAGUACGCCGUUGCCGGAGGAAUCGCUGAGGAAGUUCUGACCUCGAUCAGAACAGUUAUUGCGUUUAACGGUCAGGAAUAUGAGUGUAAACGGUACGAGGAUGCUCUGGAGCACGGUAAAAAGACUGGAAUCAAGAAAAGUUUCCUAAUCGGAGCCGGGCUUGCGUCCUUCUUCGUCAUCAUCUACGCCUCCUACUGCCUCGCCUUCUGGGUUGGAACCAAUUUCGUGUAUAGUGGACGCCUGGAGUCUGGUACAGUACUAACCGUUUUCUUCUCGGUGAUGAUGGGAUCCAUGGCACUUGGGCAGGCUGGACAGCAAUUUGCAACCAUUGGUACAGCUCUGGGAGCCGCCGCCUCCCUCUAUGAGGUCAUUGACAGAAUACCGGAAAUCGAUGCAUACUCUACUGAGGGACAGACUCCGAGCAAGAUUUCCGGAAGGAUUUCUGUGAAUAAAGUGGAAUUUACGUACCCGACACGUGCUGAUGUGAAGAUCCUUAAGGGUGUCUCGUUGGAUGCUCAACCCGGACAGACUGUCGCAUUGGUUGGAAGCUCCGGAUGUGGAAAGUCGACUAUUAUUCAGUUGCUUCAACGGUUCUAUAACCCGGAUGCCGGGCAGAUUUUGAUUGAUGACAUUCCGAUUGAGGACUUUAAUAUUAAGUAUCUCCGACAACUGGUUGGAGUUGUGAGCCAGGAGCCCAACUUGUUCAAUACAUCUAUUGAACAGAACAUUCGUUAUGGAAGAAGUGAUGUUUCAGAUGAAGAUAUUGCUAGAGCUUUGAAGGAGGCAAAUGCUGCGGAUUUCAUCAAGACAUUCCCAGAAGGCCUCAACACUCUCGUCGGAGAUCGUGGAGUUCAAAUGUCCGGAGGUCAAAAGCAACGUAUUGCCAUUGCCCGUGCCCUUGUCAGAAACCCCAAGAUUCUGCUCCUCGACGAAGCCACAAGUGCUCUGGACGCCGAAUCCGAGAGUAUUGUGCAAUCGGCUCUGGAGAACGCAUCGCGUGGGCGUACCACAAUUGUGAUUGCUCAUCGUCUGUCGACAGUUCGUAACGCUGAUAAGAUCAUCGUGAUGAAGGCCGGACAAGUGAUGGAAGUGGGAACUCACGAGACUUUGAUAGAGCAGAAGGGCCUAUACCAUGAGUUGGUGCAUGCUCAGGUGUUUGCUGAUGUGGAUGACAAGCCGAAGAAGAAAGAAGCAGAAAGACGGAUGUCUAGGCAGACAUCGCAGAGGAAAGGAUCAGUGAACUUCAAAACCCAAGAGUCCCAGGUAGACGAGAAGCCCGGAGCCCCACCAGCCCCUGAGGCCGCUGAAAAAGAGAUCAAACGUCUGAAGAAGGAACUCGAAGAGGAAGGAGCUGUCAAAGCGAACUUAUUCAAGAUCUUAAGAUACGCCCGUCCAGAAUGGAUCUACAUCUUCUUCGCCAUCAUUGCAGCCCUCAUCCAGGGAGCCGUGAUGCCAGCUUUCUCGCUUUUCUUCAGUCAGAUCAUCAACGUUUUCUCGAAUCCAGACCGUGAUCAAAUGAAGAAAGACGGGCAUUUCUGGGCGUUGAUGUUCUUGGUACUUGCAGCGGUUCAAGGAACUUCCAUGUUGUUCCAGUGUUCCCUGUUCGGAGUUGCUGCCGAAAGAUUGACAAUGAGGAUUCGGUCGAAGGUGUACAGAAAUGUUUUGAGGCAGGAUGCCACGUACUUUGAUAUGCCUAAGCACUCGCCUGGAAGAAUUACGACUAGAUUAGCGACAGAUGCUCCAAAUAUCAAAUCUGCUAUUGAUUAUCGGCUCGGGUCCAUCUUCAACGCGAUCGCCUCAGUUGGUGGAGGUCUCGGCAUUGCAUUCUACUACGGAUGGCAGAUGGCCUUCCUCGUCAUGGCAAUCUUCCCAUUCAUGGCUGUUGGUCAGGCAUUGAUGAUGAAGUACCACGGAGGAUCCGCGACCAGUGACGCCAAGGAAAUGGAAAACGCUGGCAAAACCGCGAUGGAAGCUAUUGAGAACAUCAGAACAGUUCAGGCGUUGACACUUCAGACAAAACUCUACAAUAUCUUCUGCUCUCAUCUGGAUGCUCCACACGGUGGAAAUAUUUCAAAGGCUAUAAUCAGAGGAUUAACCUAUGGAUUCGCAAACUCCAUUCAAUUUUUCACCUACGCCGCCGCUUUCCGCUUUGGGCUCUUCCUGAUUUUCGACAAGAACGUGCUUAUGGAGCCGGAAAAUGUGCUCCGUGUGCUCUUUGCAAUUUCAUUCUCCUUUGGUACUAUUGGAUUUGCAGCUUCCUACUUCCCAGAAUACAUCAAGGCUACCUUCGCCGCCGGGCUUAUCUUCAACAUGUUGGAGGAAGAACCAAGAAUCGAUGGAAUGACAAGCUCUGGUACAUACCCACAGCUUAGUGGAGAGGUGAAGCUGAAUAAGGUGUUCUUCCGGUACCCGGAAAGGCCUGCGGUUCCGAUUCUUCAAGGCCUGAAUGUCCACGUGAAGCCCGGGCAGACACUUGCAUUGGUGGGACCUAGUGGUUGUGGAAAGAGUACGGUUAUUUCAUUGUUGGAGAGGUUAUACGACCCAUUGGAGGGUGCAGUGACAGUCGACAACAAUGACCUCCGCCAAAUGAACCCGAAACAUCUCCGCAAGCACAUUGCUCUCGUCUCCCAGGAGCCCAUUCUCUUCGAUACUUCGAUUAGAGAAAAUAUUGUAUAUGGUCUUCAGCCUGGCGAGUACACCCAUGAACAGAUUGAAACUGCGUGUUCAAAGGCCAAUAUUCACAAGUUUAUCGAUGAACUUCCUGAUGGCUACGAAACCCGUGUCGGAGAGAAGGGAACCCAGUUGUCCGGUGGCCAAAAACAACGUAUCGCCAUCGCGCGAGCCCUCAUUAGAAAUCCAAAGAUCCUACUUCUGGAUGAAGCCACAAGUGCUCUGGAUACAGAAUCUGAGAAGCAAGUGCAAGUGGCCCUGGAUGCCGCGGCAAAAGACAGGACGUGUAUUGUAGUGGCUCAUCGGUUAUCAACUAUCGUCAAUGCUGGAUGUAUUAUGGUUGUGAAGAAUGGACAAGUUGUUGAGCAAGGAACCCACAAUGAACUGAUCGCUAAACGCGGUGCCUACUUUGCCCUGACGCAGAAACAGUCCUCAAAUCAGUCUGGCGGAGCAUUUGAUACCUCUGAAGCUCUUGAUGAUGAUGAUGAUGAUCAUGUCAAGUUCUAGAAAAUUCUCAUUUUUUGAAAUUCCCACAUAUCAUGAUCUCUUUUUUAUAUACCGAAGAAUGUAAAUGUUAAAGUUGUUAUUAAAUAAAAUUCGUUCAUUUU